AUGAAACUCCUUUAUCCAAACUCAAUCGACAUCGACGUCAAGAGCCUGGAGGGGUUCAACGUCUCUCUCCACCAGUAUGACAUAAAAGCCGACAUUCCAGAAGAGCACACCGACGCCGAGAUCCUGGUGACCUGGACCAACCCAGUUCCACAGCUGAAGGUGGAAGCCAAACGCCUCAAGAAUCUCCGCUGGAUCCAGUCCCUGGCGGCAGGGCCAAACGACGUGCUCAGCGCAGGGUUCGAUACGUCCAAAGUGAUCAUCUGCACGGGGUCGGGUCUGCACGACCACACGGUCGCCGAGCACACGUUGGGCCUCCUUCUCAACGCGGCCCGUCGCUUCUUCGAAAUGCGCGACUACCAGCUCCAGGGCAAGUGGCCGGCCCACCUCGGCGGCGCGCAGCCAGACAGGCCCAAGGGCAAGUUCACCACGCUGCAAGACGCCAACAUCCUCGUGUGGGGCUUUGGCAACAUCGCGAAGCAGCUGGCGCCCUGGCUCACGGCGCUGGGCGCCAACGUCAAAGGCCUCGCGCGUCGCUCGGGCGUGCGUCAAGGUACCGAAGUGUACAGCGAGGACAAGCUGAGCGAGCUCCUACCGACCACAGACGCCCUGGUCAUGAUCCUGCCAGGGGACGAGUCGACCAAGAACGCGCUCAACGCAGAGCGCUUGAAGCUCCUGCCGAACCAUGCGUGGAUCGUGAACGUGGGUCGAGGAACGUCGAUUGACGACCAAGCACUGGUGUCGGCCUUGGAGAAGGGCGAGAUUGGCGGUGCAGCGCUGGAUGUCUUCGUCACGGAGCCUCUGCCGGAAGAUUCACCGUACUGGAAGACGCCGAACACCAUCGUCAGCCCCCACGCGGCGGGAGGCAGACCGCAGAAUCCAGAGACUUUGAUUGCGUACAACCUGAGACGCUUCCUGGCAGGGCAAGAACUGAAGAAUGUCAUUUAG